AUGAACCGAUCGCCGGCCAGUUGGUGGUCACUUUUGUGGCUCGUUUACGCCGCUUCAUUUACCUCGGUGGAGUCCCAUCACAUUUUGGGUCUCUUUGUCAACGUUCAUCGUUCCCAGUUAAUGGUCCAUUUGGCAGUAUGUCAAGCUCUGGUCCAAAAGGGUCACCAGUUGACUCUGGUAACCACUUUGCCAUUGGAGGAUUAUGCCUUACAAGAGAAUAUAACACACAUUUUAAUACCCUGGGAGCAGCCAAAGGAUGAGCCUGAUCACCGCUCUUCCUCGGACUUGCUCCGCCUGGAGAGAAUGUUUAAUCGUCUGGAGAAAUCGGGUGACUUGCUUAAUAUCCCUGAAUGGAAGAGAUUCCUUAAUAGUGCUCCAAACUCAAUUCGAUCUCAUGCUUUGGGCUAUCACUUCAAUGAUCAUCUGCUGGGAGUGGCUGCCCAUCUCAAGUGUCCCGUGGCCAUAAUAUCCACCCAACAGCCCACAGGAUUCGUGAACAGUCUAAUGGGCAAUCCCGAAGAGCGUUGGUAUGUCCCACAACCCUAUGACAGUCAGCAGAGAAGUGGCAUCUCAGCUUGCAUCUUUGGUAUUUGGGAGAAACUUAUGGAAAUGAUGGCCAGGAGAGUGAUGAGAAAAUCUACAGGUAGGUUGUUUAUUAAAAAUAUAAUUACAUAUAAAAUAUAUUUCCUUAAUUAUAGUGCACACUUUCCCGAACCCCAAUAUCCCAGCUUUGAAACCAUGCGUCGUUCGGUUGCUUUGACCUUAAGUAAUCAUCAUGCGAUUAGUGAAGGACCCAUAGCUCCUGUAUUACCCAAUAUGGUGGAUAUUGGAGGCAUUCUCUUGGAGCAACAAUUAAAUAAGAACUCCCUGGAAAUAUCAUCAUCAAAUAGAUCUAUAAUCAUCUUCAGUUUAGGCACACGCUUUACUUGGCGUAAAUCGCCACAAAGCUUGGUGUAUACUUUUACAAAAUCCUUCUCCCACUACGACUAUGAUAUAUACUGGACAUACGAUGGAGCAAAUGGUAGUGUCAUUGGUUGGGAUUAUCCCCAUAUAAAAAUAUCCAAAUGGUGGCCACAAUGUGAGCUAUUGGCAAGUGGAAAAGUUAAAUUGUUUAUCACUCACGGAGGCAAGGGCAGUAUCUCGGAGGCUCUUUACUAUGGAGUGCCCAUGCUGGGGUUACCUUUGCUAGGAGAUCAGCGAGUCAAUCUUCAGAGAAUGCAAUAAAAGUGGGGUUUGACCCUGUCUACUAACAAUCUAACACACAUUGAACUCCAUCAAGCCAUGGAAAGAAUACUUGAUAAAUCAGAAUAUACCAAAGCUAUAUCAAAAGCCUCUCAACUCUAUCGCGAUCGUCCAAUGACUCGUGACCUGGCCACCUUUUGGUUGGAGUAUAUCAUUCGUCAUAAUGGUGCUAGAAACUUGUACAAUCCAUCCAAUCAAUUAAAUUGGAUUGAAUACCAAUUCAUAGAUGUGUAUGUUACCAUCUAUGGGGGCUUAAUUUUGGUUAUAAUUAUACUCAAAAAAUAA